ACAUCGGGUCUCAAUCAUAUAAUAGUAAUCAUAAUACUGUCUAUGGUCUCAAUCGAGUUGUCUAGAUAUAAUAGGCCGAAUGUAGAGGUGACGCAUUUUGGGUGACAUAAUAAUACGUAUCGUAGCCGAAUUCGGUACGUAUACCGCUUAUGGACGAAUUGUUUGAAAGAAAUAUGGCGAACAGCUCGAACACACGUCGAAAGCCUCUUCACGAGUAAGAAGGGGGUUGUUGUUGAGGUUUUGAAGCAAUAUCUAAAUAUUGAACUGUAUGAAUGGUUAUCGACAGCCCAGUUUCACCAGAUUCUAGUCCUUGCUUAGACAAAGUGGCACGACAAAGUCAUUUCCUGGACACACGUACCCGGGGGGGUUAGCCAAAUUUCUUGAGUGAAGAGGUAGAUCAUUGAGGAAUGGCUGUCAAACCAGUAGAGAAUCUUAAGGGUUUCACAUCCUCGAGGCCGCCUUUGGUUGUCUUCACAAUUUGCAUACUCCUCUUUGCCAUUGUUCUCCUCUCGCUUGAAUCUUACAUCAAGAGGAAUGAUGUGCCUGAUUAUGACAUUGACUAUGACUGGAACACAUUAAUGCAGGGAUUUAGCAAGCUGGAAUUCUGCCUCCUUUCCAAUGAGACACAGCCCGAGUUAGUUACCAUGACAACCACAAGUUCCUCUCUCAAUACAACAUCAACCCCUGCUGCUACCACCUCACUCUAUGAUGAAAUUGAUGGUUUCUCAACUCAGAAUACUUCACUGUCUAUAAGUGUGUCAUUUAGAGCGCACACAAGCAGCCGCAGCAAACUUCACCAUGGCUCAACACAUCUCUACAGCAAAUUUACGACAGAAAAACUUGGAAUUAAAGAUGGUAAGGAGCAAGUUUAUGUUACUCUUGAGUUGAAUGAACCCCUCAAGCCACUUGUCUGCCAAGAUGCUGGAUGUACCAGUGAGAUUUUGACGGCUUGUCUUAACAUUCGAGGACCUCCAUAUGUAUUCCCUAAAACAAGACAUCCAGGAAUUUGCAACGCAUCAGAAACAGCAAAGCCAGAGAAAGUGACCAAGAUGCAAGUGAAACCUAGUAAAGUUGAUCCAGUGCAAUGGUGCAGUGAUGGGACCGUUGCCAAACCUGAUCAUCAAUUUGACCCUAAACUUACAGUCAUGCUGAGCUCGGCUCAGCGCUCUCUCAUCAACAUGCACCUGAUGUAUACAAGCUACUUCCUAUUUGUGAUGCUCAUUACAUGCGUGUGUUAUGCAUUGGUCAAAGGGCCCCCAUACAAGUCAAGAACAAUCACCCACCCAAGCAUUGCACAUCCUAGUGAUAAAAAGCAAUCUGCACCAAUUUGAUGGUCCAUUACUUCUACCAAAAUAUUGUGUACAUAUUCAUCUAGAGCUAUUGUAAAUAUUUCUUAAUAAAGAGUUAUUUGUUAUAAAUGUAUGACUAUGUUAUUUUCAAAUGGAAUAUAUUCCAUUUUAUUUGUGCUCUUUAUCAUUUUGUGUCAAUGGAUUUGAAGUGAAUGAUUACCAGGAUUGAGCCAAGGCAAUAUCUUGACUGCAAUGGCCUGUGUCACAUGUGAAAUGUCUAUGGGAGAAGUGUUUCCUGUGUGGCAUUGGAAGGCCUGGACUCAUCCCUGAUGAUUGCAUGACCUUAUCCAACCAACAGACUGACAUUUACUGGCUGGUAUGAAGACUACUGGAUGAACAUAAGGUACUCCAGUAAAGAUGUGCAUUAUCUUUUUGAAAUUACACGUUAGUCCGUGUUUUUGUCGUAACCAAUUAGAUUACAUUCAUUAUCUGCCUCAACAGACUUAAAAUUAGGCAUCCAAAUAUUGGCUCUUUACAUAUUUCUGGAUUUGAAUGUACGCUGAUCUCUCCAUUAGUUCUGAUGUAGAAUUCUCACAUUGGACAUAAUUACGUAUCAUUUCUAAUCAUGCUGAUAAAAGGAAGUGGUUAUUAUUUUUUAAUGAAAUUUUGAGGGUUUUUUCAGUAAGAAAAGCUCGGGAGAAUUACAUAUAGAAGUGGCUGUUUAUAGCGAUGAAAUAUAAGUCAAUCUAUCCCUGAAGUAAAAGCAAAUUUGAAUACCAGAUUAUGUGAAACUUUAUACAUCUUGUACCUUUAGUUCUGUAAAGGUGGCUCAGAAGAGUGAUAUACAGUAACAUGUAAAUUUUAAUACAUGUAUUAUAUGAUCAGUUUCUUUUGUGUAGUGCAGGGAUUCUCAUUAGUAUUGAAGUUCCCUAUUUCUUAUUAUUAGCAAGUGAAGUAUCAGCUUCAGGUGCAAGGGUUUGCUAAGGGUUGAACCCCACCCCUGAAAUGUGAAAAUAUGAGACCAAAAUUGCUACUUUACACUUUACACAAGUUGCAUGUUCCACUAAUUGAGAAUCCCUGGGUAGUGUAGUGUGUGAUUACUCAGAGAUUUCCAUAAUCUUCUCCAUCAAAAUAGCCCAGUCUUUUUGGGGUUCAUAGGCACCAUAACAAAAUGUCAGAGCUGGGUGUUUCUAUUUCCAUCAGAAUCCAUUGUGUCUAUUCAUCACUUAUUCUCUGAAUUCAUCUUGGACAAAACCAUAGGGGAUUUGGAAAGCUGCUGCUUUAAACACUUGGCAUCUUUAGAGUGGGAUUCCUAAGCCUUAAGGUGUCGUAAUAACCCAAAUUCAAUGUUUUAUUUCUGUGUUGUGUAUGAUAAGAUUUGUAUUUCAUAAAGUUGAUGUCAGUGUAAAUUAGGGUAUAUAUUUGACUAGUAUAUGACAAAAACACUUAUAUUAUUCGGUUUCUGUUACUAUUGUGGCAAUAGCAUCUCCAGAAACCAAGAGCUCAUGUGUUUGACUUUGAAAUGCAUUAACUGAAACUUGUGAUAUGGAAUUUGCCAGAACUUUUUUUUUUUGUUCUUCUGGAGAGUAGUAGGAAAGGUUGUUUGCUACUCAAGAUGUUCAUGUGCAUUAACCGCAUAAGUCGUAAUUACUUCUCAUUUAAACCUCUGGAUUAGAAUAAAGAAAUAAUUAAUAGAAUAGACAUAAAAAAUAGAAACCUGAUUAACCUCAUAGUGGGUGGUUGAGGAAGGGUUUAGAUAUCUUUAGUAAAAUUUAUAGUAUUAGAUUGUCAAUUUUGCUUUCCUACACAAUAUGCCUCUCCAACAUUUCAUAAUUAUGUUGUGAUAACAUGUACCUCCAAAUUAAAUUACAUGAAUGUGAUGUCUUUAACUGUUUUGGUGUGGACGAUUUAAUGAAAUGAAAAUGUGCUUCACCGAUGUAUUUAGUACAAUGAACUUUAUUUUGGUUAAGAUGAAUUGAAUGCAUAAUUGUUUCUUAUCGAUAUUUAUGUACCUUUCCCACAUCAUGGGCUGGGCUGAAAAAUUUCAGGAUACCAACUUUUUUGUUUAGCUUUGAGAAAAGAUUCAGUGUUAACUACACUAGUGUUGUUCGAUUGUCAGAGAUGAUGACAACUCCAUCAUAAUUCAUAUUAAUGAACCUUUACCACAUUUUUAGACUUGAAGUUGAGGGAAUAUUGUUUACCAUUGUACAUUUAAUUUAAGUUGUAGCAAAGCUUUAACUAUCAUUUUUUGCUCUUUAGAAAUUUCAUCUCAUAUCUGUUGCAAUAAGAUUUGUUCAAGAAAUGUGCCUGAUAUUUUUCUUAGUGUUGUAUGAAUAUUAAAAUCUCUUUUAUUGUUUUUUUUAUUUAAGCGUGAAUGAGUGUUGAUCCUUGCAAAUACCAGGACCAUUUAGACUCGAUUGUCUUUGGCACGACAAAAUUAUUUAUUAUACCUAGUUUUUUUUCUCCCUACCAAUCCUUGUUUUUACAAUGGUCUUUAUUUUAUAGUGAUAAAUAAUGUAAUUAAGAGAAGCCAUCAUUGGGAUUGGCUGAAAUUAAACAUUCCACUUCAGGCUGUUAGAAGUUAGAUGCCCGAUACAUUUUUCGUCGUCAGUACAUGUCCAUUUCCUGAAAGUUUGUGCAUUUUAUUAUAUGAAAGAUUAAUCAAGACGAUUGUACAGAAUUUAUUGCACAUUUAGUAUGUUGCACAUAUGGUUAUUUUUUUUCAUGUUCUUUCAAUAAAUUAUGUGGUGAUUGAUGAGCGUAUGAAUGUAAAUGAAAUUCUGUAUGAAUGUAAUAAAAAUCUUGUGGGAAAUAUUUGCUUUCAUGA